UAUACACACAGACACAAACGUGGACUCAUGUGGUACACGAGUUCCUCGACACUCCUCGUCCAUUCACCUUCCCCAUUUUCGUGUUUAUGCAAUUAUGCCAAUGGCGACCUUUCGAUUCAUCAAUCAAUCAAACUACAUUCAUAAAUUAAAAAAUUGCAUCUUUUUCCAUAAAGGUUCCAGCUUUCCUAAAUCUUCUCAACAACAACAACAAUGGCAGAAUCAGAAACUACCAUCGAUCAACAACAAAGUAGAACAAAGUUUCAGUCUUUGAUCCCAGGUUUACCAAACGAGAUCGCUGAGCUUUGUCUCCUUCGUCUUCCUUACCCAUACCAUUCUCUUGUCCGCUCCGUUUCAUCUUCCUGGAACAAAACAAUCACAAACCCUAGAUUCCUCUCCUCCAAGCAAUCUCUCUCAAUCUCCUCCAAUAUUUACCUCUUCGUCUUCGCCUUCAACAAAUCAACGGCCAGGAUUCAAUGGCAAGCAUUAGACCUCGCAUCGGGCCGUUGGUUCGUCUUACCUCCAAUGCCAAACUCAUUCACCAGAAUCUCGUCUCCUCACGCGCUCUCCUGCGCGUCGAUUCCACGUCAGGGAAAGCUUUUCGUCUUCGGCGGCGGCGAUUCCACGCGCUCUGCUGUCGUUUACACCGCCUUGACGAAUCGCUGGUCAUUCGCGUCUCCGAUGUUGAGUCCGAGAACUUACUUCGUCUCCGGGAAUCUAAACGGUAAAAUCGUGGCCGUCGGUGGGAGUUUGGACGGGAUCGGAGAAGCGACGACGGCGGUCGAAUCGUACGAUGCGGAGAGUGACACGUGGACGGAAUCGGCGAGACUUCCGAUGGUUUUGGCCAAGUACGAUUCCGCCGUGAUCGGGAAGGAGAUGCUUGUGACGGAAGGAUGGGCUUGGCCCUUUAUGUUCCCGCCGAUGGGGCAGGUGUACGAUUCGGAUGAAGACACGUGGCGAGAGAUGAGCGGCGGGAUGAAGGAAGGGUGGACGGGUGUGAGCGUAGUGAUCAGGGAGCGGCUGUUCGUGAUCUCCGAGCACGGGGAUUUCCCGAUGAAGGUAUAUUCCUCCGAAGAUGACACGUGGAGGUACGUGAGUGGUGAGAAGCUUCCCGGGAAGACGAUGCGGCGUCCUUUCGCCGUGACGGGAGUAGACGACCGGGUUUUCGUGGUGGCCGGUGGGCUUAACGUGGCGGAGGGGAUAGUGAGUGAGAGGCAAAACGGAGAAUUCAGUGUUGAGUGGAGGGUAAUUUCGUCUCCUCAAGCUUGCACUCAAUUUUCACCUGCUAGUUGCCACGUGCUUUACGCGUGAUUUCAAAGAUGAGUGUUGUUGUUACAUUAUUUUUUGGUUAAGCUAUUACUCACUGGUCAACCCGAACCGAAAUCGGGAACCGAACCGAACUCUGCAAAAACAUUUCAUCUUUUACAUUGCGUAAGAUUCAAGUUUAGCUGUACAAAGUGCAUACAUUGUCAAAGUACAACAAUGGU